GGACGUACUACGUAAACACAACUCUCGUAACGCGCGCGCUCAGCAGUUGUCUCUAGUUUCAGCUAUUGCUGCUGCUGCUACGUCUGCUUCGUCUUCUUCUUCUUCGCCAUCAUCAUAUAACUUUUACGUUGCUUUCAACGCCGUUUUGCUGCAGUUUUCACGUACGCUGCCCGGCCGUGCAACUGUAGCCGUAUCCGUAUCCGUGUCGACGUGUGUGUGGGUGUGUGGGCGUGUAUGUCUGUGUGCUUGUGUGAGUGUGGCAGCUACCCUGUGCGUGCGUAAUUGGCGCCCAUUUGUUUGCAGGCCGCAACGCGUCGACAGCCCCCAAUACCAAUCGCAAUCGUAGUCCAGCCUUUCAUCUGGAUGCUGCUAACGCGUCUGACGUGCCAAACGCGUGUGACGUGCGAAUUAACUGGCCGCCAAGUCGAUUGCACGCUAAUUUGAAUGCCAAUCGAAGACAGCCAGACAGACAGACGCAGCGACAGACAGACAGAGAGACACUCGACGUUAGUUUUACGUGCGUGUUGCGACGUGCGGGUCGAAGGAUAAUUGAAGGAAGCAACCGACACGUACGCGUGCUCCACCAGACAACACAGACAACAGCACACAGGAUGCGUCGUUGACCUGCUGCCCGAAAAGUGUGUCAAAAUUAAAUUGAAAGAUUGAAAGGAUAAGAAAAGCCCCAAGUGCAAUAAUCCCCAUAUAUCCCACCUCCUACAUCGAAACCGAAAACAUGUGCCAGUGCUAGCUAGGAGAACCGUUAAGAGUUAAGUCCGUUAGCCAGGGGAAAAGUGAAAAGUGAAGAGUGAAGCCGAACUCAAGUGCUACAAUGUUGCCCUAUCAGGCCGUGGCCAUGGACUAUGCCGGCUAUCAGCGCCAGCCGACGCCCGGCCAUCCCGGCAGUCACAUGGUCGGCUCCUUGGGCAUGCCCGCCGUUCCGUUCACCCACUCGUGGAUGGUGCCCACACAGGACCUCUGCGGCAUGUCGCCGUACAACAAAAUGCCAAAUCAGCACCAGCCGGGCGCACCCGGCAUGCACGGACAACAGCAACCCAUCGAACCAGGCAUUCUGGAGCUGCGCAAGGAGAAGUCCAGAGACGCGGCUAGAUCGCGGCGCGGCAAGGAGAACUAUGAGUUCUACGAGCUGGCCAAAAUGCUGCCGCUGCCAGCGGCCAUAACCAGCCAGCUGGACAAGGCAUCCAUAAUAAGACUGACCAUUAGCUAUUUGAAAUUGAGAGACUUUUCCGGUCACGGCGAUCCGCCAUGGACCCGAGAGGCGUCCAGCAGCAGCAAGCUAAAGAGUGCAGCCAUUCGACGCAGUCCCGCGGUUGAUUUGUUCGAGCAACAUCAGGGCACCCACAUACUGCAGUCACUCGACGGCUUCGCCUUGGCAGUGGCGGCGGAUGGACGCUUCCUGUACAUAUCGGAAACGGUGUCCAUCUAUUUGGGUCUCUCGCAAGUGGAGAUGACGGGCAGCAGCAUAUUCGACUAUAUACAUCAGGCGGAUCAUGCGGAAAUCGCCGAGCAGCUGGGCCUCAGUCUGACGAGUGGCGGCGGCAGCGGCGGCGGCGGUGUGGGAGUUGGUGGCGGCGGCGGAGGCGGCGGCGGAGGCGGCGGCAGUGGCGCCGCUGGCCUAGCCUCGCCCACAUCGGGCGCCUCGGACGAUGGCAGCGGCACACACGUUGCCGCCUCCAUGACGCAGGCCUCGACCAGCGGCUACAAGGGCUACGAUCGCAGCUUUUGCGUGCGCAUGAAGUCGACGCUGACCAAACGUGGCUGCCACUUCAAGUCGUCCGGCUACCGGGCGAGCGAUGCAACCAGCAAUUGCAACGGUAGCAAUACAAAUGGUAAAAAUGUUAAGAAUCCGGCCUCAAACUAUUCGGUGGUGCUGCUGCUGUGCAAGCUGCGUCCGCAAUACACCUUCUCGCACACGCGCAAAUCGCAGCCUCCGCUGCUGGGCAUGGUCGCCCUGGCUAUAGCGCUGCCACCGCCCUCGGUGCACGAGAUACGUUUGGAGUGCGACAUGUUUGUGACGCGCGUCAACUUUGAUCUGCGCGUGGCGCACUGCGAGCCCAGAGUAUCUGAUUUGCUGGACUACACGCCCGAAGACCUGGUCAACAAGAGUCUCUAUUCUCUCUGCCAUGCCGAGGAUGCGAAUCGCCUGCGCAAGAGCCACACAGAUCUGAUCGAGAAGGGUCAGGUCUUGACUGGCUACUAUCGACUGAUGAACAAGAGCGGCGGCUACACCUGGCUGCAAACCUGCGCCACAGUCGUCUGCAGCACCAAAAAUGCCGACGAACAGAACAUCAUUUGCGUCAACUAUGUCAUAAGUAAUCGUGAGAAUGAGAAUCUGAUUUUGGACUGCUGCCAGCUGGAGCCGAGUGUGGACAGCAUCAAGCACGAGGAGGGUCUGGGCAACGACAAGAGCAGCGGCUCGCCUGGAGGCGAUGCGUCAGGUGAGGGCAAUGCCCACCUGAGUGGCGAUAUGAAGCUGGGCCUUGGCUCGCCCAAGACCGAUGCCGAGGGUCACACGCAACGUGGCCGAGGACGCAAUGCGACGCAUGGCAGCAAUCUCAACAGCAGCCUCUCGCUGAUCAAGGACUCGCCCACGCCGCUGGGCGUUGAGGUCGAUGGCGUGCUGCCUGUUGCCGUGUCCGCCACGCCCACGCCGACGCCGACGCCCACAAGCAGCGCGACGAGCAGCAAGCGCAAGCGCAAGAGCAAAGCAGCGCAGCAAGCAGAGGAGCAGCAAGCCGACCAGCAGCAGGUGAGUCAGCAGCAGCCGCUGAGCAAGCUGCCCGCGCUGGAGCAGCAGCGAGAGCCACGCAGUCGCCUGCCUUCGAUGGUGGAGGACGUGCAGCCAACAGCCGCAGCUGACUCGGCUGUCAAGGAUCUGGAGCAUGCCAUGUCCAAGCACCUGCCCUCGCCCAACAACAACAACAACAACAACAACAACCAGCCCAGCACAGACUUCAGCACAGACGCAUUAAUCAAACAGCAGCAGCAACAGGUGCAGCAGGUGCAGCAGCAGCUCCAUGCCACGGAUGCCAACGAGAAGAGCAGCACCAUCCAGUGGAUAGGCACGCCCUACCAGCAGCCAGCUCCCAUGCCAGCUACGGCGCUGCUGCGUCAGCUCUACGCGAAUCGCGAGAGCGUGAUACGUGCCACAGCCAGGCAAACGCCCACAGGUGUGGGCGUGGGCGUGCCAGGUGUGUUCUAUGGCGAGCAGCAAGGCGGGCCACUGCCCACGCCGCCAGGCAGCGAAUCCUCCUAUGAGAAUCAGUAUCUGCAGCUGCACUCGGCGGCAGCGGCGGCCUCUGUGCCACAUCCCGUUGGCCAGAAGGGCGGCAACUCGGCGGACGCCUUUACGAACCUGGUCUCGACCUAUGGCGGCUAUCACAGCUCCAUUGACUAUCACAACGCCAUGACGCCGCCCAGCUCCGUGUCGCCGCGCGACUCCAACAACUCGGCCAAGCUGCCCUCAACGGCUGCGCCACCUGGCCUCCUGGUGGGCUCCAAUGGCGGCUAUGACUAUGCUGAUCCCUUGCGUGGCCAAUACGCCACACCUGUGGACGGCUCGGCAGGCGCCACGUUGCCCCUGAAACCGCAGGCCUACACGGCUGGCAUGCAUCCGCAUGCCACGACCACGACCGAGGGCGGCGUCACCUACAGCAAUCUGGACCAGCCGCAAUACUUUGCGCCCCACUCGAGCUUCCAUCUGUACCACAAGGGCAGCCCGGCGAGUGCCUGGUACUCGACGCCCUCCUAGGCGAGGCACGACUGCCAGCAGGAGUACCACCAGCAGCAGCAGCACCAGCACCCGCAGCAGCAGCAGCAGCAGCAGCAAGCGGAGCAGCAGUCACAGCGCUGGGACUUUGUUGGCGCUCUAGGCAAGGUGGCGCGAAUGUUCUUUAAUGCGCGCAAGGGCAACCACCACUGAGCCACUCGCACCACCAAGUGCUAGCAGCUACUGGCUGUACCUGUAGCCACUGCUGAGCGAACAGAAAGGCAUGAGAAA